AUGAGUACCACAUUCCUGCAGAGUUCCUGCUCCACCUUCGGGGGUAGCUGCAGCCGAGGGGGUGCCCUCCGGGCCGGGGGAGGUGGCUUCGGUGGCGGCAGUGUCUACGGGGGAGGUGGAAGUCGAAGCAUCUCGGCUUCUUCCUCUCGCUUUGUCUCUUCGGGGUCCGGAGGGGGUUAUGGGGGUGGCAUGAGCUGCGGCUUCGGAGGCGGGAUUGGCAGUGGCUAUGGGGGAAGCUUUGGUGGUGGCUUUGGUGGGGGUUUUGGUGGCGACUUUGGGGGUAGCGAUGGCCUGCUCUCCGGGAACGAGAAGAUGACCAUGCAGAACCUUAACGACCGCCUGGCCUCCUACCUGGACAAGGUGCGUGCCCUGGAGGAGGCCAACACCGAGCUGGAGGUGAAGAUCCGUGACUGGUACCAGAAGCAGAGCCCCAGCAGCCCCGAGCGGGACUACAGCCACUACUUCAAGACCAUCGAGGAGCUGAGGGACAAGAUAUUGGCAGCUACCAUUGACAACUCUCGCGUCAUCCUGGAGAUUGACAAUGCCCGACUGGCGGCUGAUGACUUCAGGCUCAAGUACGAGAAUGAGCUGACCCUGCGCCAGAGCGUGGAGGCUGACACCAAUGGCCUGCGCAGGGUGUUGGAUGAGCUGACCCUGGCCAGGGCAGACUUGGAGAUGCAGAUCGAGAGCCUGAAUGAGGAGCUGGCCUACCUAAAGAAGAACCAUGAGGAGGAGAUGAAGGAAUUCAGCAACCAGGUGGCCGGCCAGGUCAAUGUGGAGAUGGAUGCAGCUCCAGGCGUGGACCUCACCCGCGUGCUGUCCGAGAUGAGGGAGCAAUACGAGGCCAUUGCGGAGAAGAACCGGCGCGAUGCUGAGGCUUGGUUCUUCACCCAGACUGAGGAGCUGAACAAAGAGGUGGCCUCCAACACAGAGAUGAUCCAGACCAGCAAGACAGAGAUCACAGAGCUCAGACGCACUCUUCAGGGUCUGGAGAUUGAGCUGCAGUCUCAGCUCAGCAUGAAAGCUGGCCUGGAGAACUCUCUGGCCGAGACCGAGUGCCGCUACGCUACACAGCUGCAGCAGAUCCAGGGGCUUAUCAGCAGCAUUGAGGCACAGCUAAGUGAUCUUCGCAGUGAGAUGGAAUGUCAGAACCAGGAGUACAAGAUGCUGCUCGAUAUCAAGACGCGACUGGAGCAGGAAAUUGCCACCUACCGCAGCCUGCUGGAGGGCCAGGAUUCUAGGAUGGCUGGCAUUGCUACUAGAGAAGCUUCCCUGGGAGGCGGUGGCAGCGGCGGCAAAGUCCGCAUCAAUGUGGAGGAAUCUGUAGAUGGGAAGGUAGUUUCUUCCCGCAAGAGAGAAGUCUAA